UUCGAAACAGCCGGCAUGUUGGAAAUUUACAGAUAAAAUAAUUUUACAUUAAUAUUAUCCAACGUAAAUAGCAUACUUUAUUACUGGAAAAACAUUGUACAAUGAAGUUCCUAAUUUUGAUUGUUGUGUUAGUUGCGAUUCUAUUUCAGUGUAUGGCGAAUAGCAAAGAUAUAGCUAUAAAACUGAAACCAAAUUGGUCAGGUGAUGUCUGUUUGUCUGGAUACCAUUACUGUAACGGAUCAAUAUGGUGCUGUCCAGAUGGAUAUGAAUGUACAGGGACCGUAAUAUGUCCCGCUAAAGAAAACGAAGGCCUUCUAUGGGGACUACUCAGCCCUAUUUUAGUACUUGUUAUUGCCUUUUGUUGUGUGGUUUGCUACAGAGGAUGCAGAGACAAACCUAGUGAAACAGUGUUGCAGCCAAAACUGGUUCAUCCACAGGCUCCUUAUAGCCAAUUAUAAUUUGUUUUGGAGAAAGAGUAAAAAAAAAAAAAAGGAAAAGAGCAAUGAAGCUGGUUUAUGGAUCCAUUUUGUAUGAUCUUGUAUUGCCUAAUUAGAUUUAUCUUUUACCAACAUAUCUUUAGGCUUAGCCGUUUAAUAUCAGUCGUUUCAAAUUAAAAGUUAUAAUGCAUUUCAUGUUUAUAAAAUAUCAUAUUCAAAGCCUAUUUAUGAAAACAGAUUGAAUUUUAUCAUCUUAGCAUGAAUGCUUGAUGUUUUGUUGAUUACCAACAUAUAUUUUAAUCAUAAUAAAGGCUUGAAACUUG